AUGAGCAAGGCAAAGCUGAAGUUUAGCGUAGAAGGGAAGACGGUGGUCUACGAUGGACGACCAGAAACCCGCGUGAGGGAUUUGAUGGAGAUCCUCGUCAAGCUGAAGGUCAACCCCUCUGUCGCGGUCAGGGCCUUCCGGGAAAACAUUGAGGAUGCCGCGAGCUACACUGACGAGAGCAUCCGGCAGCUCUUUGGCGACGCCCAACUGGCCUAUGAGGAGAAGAAGAAGCGCAAGAUGGCCGUCGCCGCCAAGGAAGAGCAGCCGAGGGAGAGAGCGGAGAAAAUUACACUGCAAUUCAAAGGGAAGCAGUUCUCAUACAUGGGUCUGCCAGACACCAAAGAGUACGCCGUGAUUGAGCUGCUGGUACAGCAGAAGGCGACACGAGAGUUGGUGAUAGAGACGUUUCGCGAGAAUCUGCCGGGGUCAUCCGCGAGUGACGAGGAAAUAUUUGCGAAGUUUACUGAGGUGGUGUCGGCGAAGAACGCGCGAAGGGCAGGGACAAGGAAAGACUCCGCCACGGAGGGGGCCGCGGAGUCCUCAACGCAGGCGGCCGAGCUAAGACCGCCACUACCGCCACCGCAAGAAGAAGAAGAACAUCAACAACAACAGCAGCAGGAGCAGGAGCAGGAGCAGCGGCAGCAGCAUGGAAGGAAGGUCUCUUCCGCUGCCGGCGUGGGCGCGAUCGACGAAAUUACGGGCAUGUCGAUGGAGGAGCGUGACACUAUCAGCAACUUCAUUAGGCAGGUGCUCGAGCAGCCUGAAAUGGAUCUCACGGCGCGUGUGCGCGAGGAACCGAAGACGUUUGCCACACCUGUCGCGAUACCACGAAACGCCAGCCACAGUGUUAGCGAUGGUACUGAAGAAGACUCGUUACAGGUGACGGCACGCACAACACGGGGUAAGCUCGCUGUCUACUGCCAGGAGGAGAAGAGUACUGCAAACAAAGUUCUUUACAUUAACCCCAGUACAACAUAUGAGGAGUUUUGUGCGAUGGUAGAAAAGAAGUUUGGACGCAAGAUGGCCAUGUCGUUCAACGAAGGGGAGGAUUUGAUUGACCUGGACGACGACGAUGUAUUCUGCAUGUUCCUUGAGAUGAGCCAGAGUCAGGCGCAGGAGGGCAAACGCAUGAAACUCAUCUGCGUUCCACCAGAGACACGCAAGAAGGCGACAGACGACAAACUGACCGACACAAAGGCCAGUGAUCCGUUUAAGGUGAAGGCGUUUUCCAGUGGCAAGCUGGAGGUCCGCGAGGAGAAGACCUACACGGGGCACGCCUCUGCUGUUUACUGCUGCUCCUUCUCCACGAAGGGGGAUCGGUUCUGUACCGCCAGCCGCGACCGCUCCGUGCGACUGUGGAACACUCUCACGGGGAGCUCUUCCGUGAUGAAGGGAGGUCACAACGGGUUCGUGCUUUCGUGUGACUUUUCGCCGCGUGGCAACCGCAUCGUUUCCUCCUCCGACGACCGAACGAUCAAGGUGUGGAACACGACCACCUGCGCCAAGGUGUCCACCCUCAAGGGACACGACGAUAAGGUCUACUGCGUGCAGUACAAUUCCACGGGCGAAUAUAUCGUCUCCGCGUCCUGUGACCACACGGUGCGGGUUUGGAACGCCGACUCCGCCACAAAGAUGGUAACGCUGCGGGGCCACACCCUCGCUGUCUUUUCGUGCUGCUUCAGCAACACCGACCGUGGAAAGUACGUUGUCUCUGGUGGAGACGACCGCCUGAUAAAGGUCUGGGACUGGGGCAAGGGCGAUGAGUACUGUUCCAUGGCUGGCCACACCGACACCGUUUGGUCCUGUAAGUUUUCACACAAUGACGCCCGCAUCGUUACCGCCUCGAUGAACCAUGAGCUGCGGGUGUGGGACUGGAAAGGCAAGAGCUGCAUUCUCUUCUGGAAGGGCCAUCAGGUGCCCAUCCACCAGGCCCUCUUCUCCGCCAACGACAAGUACAUCUACUCCUGCGCCAGGGACUGGACCGUCAUGGUGUGGGACGCCGCGACUGCAGAGCACUUGGAGACAAUUACGGGGCACCACAGCACCGUCUAUCACUUGGACGUUGUCGGGGACAAACUACUGACCUCCUCCCUGGACGACACACUCAAGCUGUGGACCAUCAAGGAGAAAGAGUGA